AUGUCCUCUUUCCGCAACCAUCGUGUUAUCAUCGCCUCUCUCUUCCUCCCCACCACCGCAGUCCAAGGCGAGUCGGGUCCACCGACCCCAGAUCCACCACUUGUGACGACCACGGGGAACGACUCGCAGAUCAACCUCCCUGCAGUGACCCUGCGACUGGCAGCGAGCCCACUAAAACCGGCCAUCGUCAAUCGGACCAACACCCACUCGCGCCAGUCCAGCGCCAGCGGUCCUCUCAAAAGCAUCGUCGACGAUCUCACUGACAAGUCCCGACACCCAACACCAGCCAUCCGAUCUCCAAACACAGAAAUCUCCAACCCCUUCACCAAACUAACCCGCUUCGCACCCGAAGCCGUCCUCGCUACCUCCCCAACAUCCACCACAUCCCCAACCUUACCACCCAUAUCAAGAAAACACCAAACAACGCACAGCGACCAUACCCCCUCCCCUCGCAUCCAACGCAAAAAAUCCCGGUCUACUUCUCGGAAGCCAUCAAGCAUUCGAAGCUCUACGAACGACCUUCCGAGAACCUCAGAGGCAUGGCAUCUCGAGCCCAAUACCCAUGGGAACGGUGGUUUGAAAAACGCGGUUGACAGUCUGGGUGACCGGCUGCGCAAGAAGGUGUGGGUCGGGACGUUGGGCACUGCUACGGAUGGGUUCAGUGACAGUUUGAGGAAGAAUAUUGAUCAGAGGAUGUGGACCCAACGAUCGAGCUUACCAGUCUGGAUUCCCGACCGCGAGUUCCAAAAUUGUUACGACGAAUUUUGUCACCAGGUCCUCUGGCCAUGUCUCCACUACGCAGUCCCCGACGCCCCCAAAACGAAACUCUUCUACGAAUCCGCAUCUUACAAACAAUACGUCUCCGUCAACCAACGUUUCGCCGACGCCAUAAUCGAGAACUACCAAGAAGGCGACAUCAUCUGGGUAAACGACUACCACCUCAUGCUCCUCCCCUCCCUCCUCCGCUCAAGCCCAAAGCUGCCCCGUACAGCGCCGAUCGGGUUCUUCAUGCACGUUGCAUUUCCCUCUUCCGAGAUAUUCAGGUGUCUGUCCGUCCGACAGGACCUGUUGCUCGGCUUACUCGGCGCGGAUUUGGUAGGCUUCCAAACUGCCAACUACGCACGCCACUUCCGCCAGACCGUUUCACGCAUCCUGGCGUACGAGGCCCUGCCAAAAGGGAUCCAAGUCCCCGAGGUGCACAGCGCCCAAGCGGAUUUGGGCAGCGACGUCGUUCGGGACGGGUUGGGCGAACGGGGGAGGUUCGUCGACGUUGGUGUGUUCCCCAUGGGAAUCGACGUCAAGCAGCUUCAGGUGCGCAAGAAGGAAGCGGACGUAGCUGAAUGGGUUCAAGUCCUCAAACAACGCUACGAAGGGCUCAAGAUCGUCGUUGGGCGGGAUAAGCUGGACGAAGUCCAAGGCGUGCGGCAUAAAAUAUUAGCGUUCGAAGCGUUCCUUGACAAGUAUCCCGAAUGGAAGGGGAAGGUCGUGUUGAUACAGGUUGCACUGCAGACGACGGAGUCGAAUGAGUUGGCGGGGGGUGUAGCGGAUGUGGUGUCACGGAUCAACUCGAGGUUCUCGACGUUGACGUAUCAGCCUGUGGUUUUUCUGCAUACCCAGGAUUUGACAUUUAGUCAGUAUUUGGCGCUUUUGACGGUUGGGGAUGCGUUUAUUGUUACUAGUUUGAGGGAGGGGAUGGCGCUUAGGACGCAUGAGUAUGUGGAGUGUCAGGAGGGGAAGUAUAGGCCUUUGAUUUUGAGUGAGUUUACGGGGAGUUAUAGCUAUAGUGGAUUCAGAUCGUGCAUCGCUAUUAACCCUUGGGAUACCCGCGGGACGGCUGGGGCUAUUCAUCAGGCGUUGACAAUGAGCGACGAAGAAGCUCUAUCUCGUUGGGAGGACCUCCACAACCACGUAACAACCCAAACAGCCCAAGCAUUCGUAACAACCUUUCUCAACCGAUGCGUCCGCGCACACACCGAGCACGCGCAAGACGACAUAUCCUCCGUCCCCAUUCUGGACGUAUCCCGCCUUUUACCGCGGUACAAACAUUCCCUACAAACGCGGCUUAUCCUCGUAGACUUUGAAGGGACUUUGUGGAGGCGCGAUCUUAGUAGAGAAGGGAUGAUGAAGCUUGCUAAAGGGGAGUAUGAGUUACCUGAGGGCGCUGUAGAUGUUCUGAGGAAGUUGACGGAGGAUAGGAAGAAUGAGGUUUGGGUAUUGAGUGGGUUGCCUGUGAGAGGUGUUUUGGAGAAGGUGGCGGAGUUGGUUCCGAAGGUUGGGAUUGUCGCGGAGAAUGGAUGUUUCAUCAAGACGAGGCCUUCUAGGGGUCCGGGGGGCAGCGCGAGUGGGGAAUGGGUUAAUAUGGUGACUAACUUUAAUCUGACGUGGAAGACGGCUUGUUUGGAGAUGCUCAAUUACUUCACGGAACGAACACCCGGGUCUUUCAUCGAAGAACGUCAGGCGUCUGUAGUCUGGCGGUUCUGGACUGGGGAAACUGUCGAGUGUCAGGAUCGGCAGUGGGCGAGGAGGCAGGCUGCUGAAGCGCAGAAUCAUAUUUUCGACAGCCUUGGCGAGCGCUACGGCCUCCGCAUCAUCCCCGGAAAAAACAGCUUCCUCGUCCUGCCGAACAACGUCUCCCGCUCCACUGCCGUCGGCGCAAUCCUCCACCCCGGCGGUCCCGCGCGCUCUCCCAUGUCGCGACGCGCGUCGUGGAUGGGCCCUGAUACCGUUGAGGAAAGCUCAGUUGGUGGAGAUCGCGACUUUUUGUUGGCGCUGAGCAGCGAUGAGAAGCUGUUGAGGCGGUUGAAUGAGUUUGAUGGUGCUGAGACUGUUAGUACGAGUGGGAAGGGGACGGAUGCGAAGUGGAAGUUGGAUAGUGGGGAGACGAGGGGGGUGUUGAGUCUUUUGGCGGGUGCCGUUUGA